GGCGGACGCCUUGUGUUGCGUAUAUUGUGUAGUAUUUCCUCGUACCUGGAGGGGGUAGCAGAAGUCGCCUUGAGUAUCACAUCUGGCUGACUGUACUUGUGGACGCUCUGUAUGUUGUGAUUCCUACCUGCAGAUCUCCAUCCACCCAUCACACCACCAGAUUAUUCCAAGAUGGCGACCGUCCCCUCAUUCAUGGACUGGAGCAGGCGACGCCGCAGUGAGAACUUGAUGGACACUGCUGAGGACCUACUGGAGAAGCUUGAGGAUGUUUCGGACCUUCUCACAGAGAUAGAGGACAAAUAUAUCAAGGACCCGAUAGAGCGUGACGUCACAGAGAAUGAGGCUGGUGCGGACGAUAAGGAAGAUGCCGAGCGGGACUCCACCCUCAGACAGUUCAGGGACGGACUGGAUUCAGCUAGAAAUCUCGUGGGGGUGCUGAAACGCGAGAAGUGGCGACUCAACAAGCGAGAGAUGAGCGUUGAACUGCGCAUGGGGGAACUUGAGGACUACAAGACCCAUCUGAAAACUGACAUGUCUUCCCUGAACGAGACGGUGGACGCCCUGAGUGUGCGCGUGGUUCAGCUGGAGAACAGCCUCUGUGAGGCCCAGGAGAUACAAGAGACCCUGGAGGCGGAAGUGAACGACGCCAAAGAACAACUGGAGAAGUCAGAUAAGGAGAAGAGAGAAAUACUAGCGUCCCGGAAGUCGCUAGAAGAUGAGUUGAAGACACUCAAGAAAUCAGUGGGGACUAUGAGCCGAGAAAACGAUCAGCUCCAACUCACGGUCUUGCAAGAGGAAAACCAUAAGCUCAAAGAAAUGAUCAGAGACGCUGAAUCCAAAAUAGCUUCCCCCGCCCCGAAGGACUCUACUCCUAUCCCGCCACAAAGGCACAAAUCUAAAGCGGCGGCGGCAGCAGGAACGACACUGCUGAAGCGACCAGUGGAGAACGGCGACACGCCGGAAGUGUAUCUGUAGCAUGAGUACAUGAGUACAAACAUACACGUGGAAUUACAGAUGUUAUCAGGGGCACAAAUUAAUAGGACGGGUAAGACAUGGAGUGAAAUUGGUAAAUCCCUUUUUGACACGAAAAAUCAAUAGUUUUUUCAUUGAAGGUUAAGAGCUAGAAAACGAUGUGUUUGGAAUCAAAAGACGUCAAAUCAAGUUAUCAUCCUCCAUAUGCAUGUCAAAAUAAUAUGCAAUAUAGUUUCUGAUUGUAACAAAGCCUUUUUCGUUAAUACAUUGGGUGAAGCUAUUUGUCUUCCUCUGAAUUUUAGUAAUUACGCUUGGUAAUGGCAAUUAUGUGGCUUAAUAUAAAAACGUGGUACUAUCAUUAAAUCAAAAGAAGGCAGCAAUUCCGACGAACAAGUCGCAUUGGUCGCCUUAGUCCCAAAUCUCGGAACUCCACUUCCGGUUACCCGGGGCUUGUGACCUUGGCGCAUGGAAUGGGUGACCGGAUUGGGGGUCGGAACGAGACAAUGGACUUCGAUAUUCCAGGUGUGUGUGAAAGUUCAUUUGUGUGAAUAAGGCAGAUGCAUGAAUUGUGUGUGUGUGUGAGAGAGAGAGAGAGAGAGAGAGAGAGAGAGGGAGUGUGUGUGUGUGUGCGUGUGCGUGCGCGUGCGUGCGUGCGUACGUGUGUGUUAGUACAAGGGAAGCACUGGUGAUUUCCAAUGACGGACAGUAUACCGAGGGUUAUUUAGUCUACACAUUUAUACCGAUUGAUAUGUUGAGGAAUGGCGUGUAUAUACUAGUAUAUCCUACUGGAAGAGGGGGAAAGGGGUAGGUCUCCUCAUGUACAUUGUACAGACGACAAUGCGAUAUUUGAUGGUAUCUUUCAUGUCAAUUCAUAUACCCCUCCAACAGAGCAGAGUCACUUCUUUUAUCGAAUGUCCUACGGUAGGAUAUAGGUUUCUAGAAGCUAUUUGAAAACAAACAGUAUCGCACAAUAUGAACGAUUAAUGUACCUAUAUGUUCCAUAUCCCAUCAACGACGCACACGUCAACGAAAUUAUACCAUGCAGCCUGUUACUCAUGUUGUUUCGAAAGGCAAGAUUGUGUACGAGAAUGCUGUGAUAACCAAGACUUUGAGUUAGAGGGAGCGAUGAAGGUAUAUAAACACACCGAGAAACCCAUGUUUCUUGUUUGGGCUGUGAAUACUGGCGCUUAAUGUUACUUUUUUCGCUUAGGUGUAAUCACACCAGCUUAGAUAUCUGUAACACCAUAAACAAUUUAAACAUACUUUACUUUACUUUCUGAAAUAAAAUAUACCAAUUUAUUCAUCAACUUUUGAAGCCAUCGUAUAGAGGCUCGUGACCACUACGAAUACAAAUCUUUCUGAAAUGAUUAUUUAGCAGGCAAACCGUAUGAUGAAUAUCCAUAUUUAUGCAAGAUAUAGUUAUUGUGGAUAUAACACGUAGUUAUGGGACAGAACAACGUGAAAAGGAACUGUAUCUGUGAUGCUGGACGAGAGAACCUGUGGUGUUAUAGAGGGCACCUGCUUACUAUGCAAGACACUUCCGGAUCUAUCUGGGGUGACCAACAGGGACUAUGCAACCCCGACUCUUUUACCCUUUAGGGGCUCCAUGACUGUACCAAGGACACACAAGGAAACCCAAGGACCUGUGUCACGUGAUUCAUGGUGUAUAGAAGGUGCUGGAGAUAUUUUGCUUUCCAAUAUUUUUAUUUCUUGAUUAAAAAAGUUCGCAUGA